CACGGACGAUUAGCGUGACCUCCGGUGACCUCUGGUGACCUCUGUGAUGACGCAGCAGGGCGGCGGCCGGACCGGCUGGGCGAGAACGGACCCCGUCCGUGUUGGGGUCAGUCUGCCAGCGCGGGCGGUGGGCGGGGUCAACAAUAUGCCCUCCCGACCGGUCGGCUCCAGCCUGCCGGCCCCGGUGCGGGUCAGACAGGCGCCCGCCCCCGCCCCCGCCCCCGCCGAACCCGAGGACGAGCUAGACCAGCUGCGGCGCGAGUUUCGGCGCCGAAUCGGCAGCGACUCGGACGACGAGUUCGAGGCGUUUGUCAGCAAGACCCAGCAGCGCUUCCAGCAGAUGUUCGCAGACAGCGAAAUGCAGGGAAUGAAGAGCCUCCAAGGUCUGCAAGGGAUGCGGCUGGGCCGAGACGAUCCGUUCAGAGAGAUGGGUGCUAAAAACGGCGGCUCGCCAUUAGCAUCGAGUAAGGCGCGGCUGGCGGGGGCCAAGGACCUCCAACCGGCGCCGGCGCCGCUCAAGGACUCUGUCUCCCCGCGCCGCAUCGGCGGACCCUCGCUGUUCGACAAGCAGAGUUCGCUGCUGGACGGCCGCAGUUCUCUGCUGAACGGCUCGUCGCUUCUUGACGGAAAAUCCCUGCUGGAUGGAAGGUCCAUGCUGGAUGGUUCGUCUCUGCUGGGCAGCAGGUCACUGCUGUCCAGCCGUCUGGGAAGGUCGGAGGACAGCCCGGGUCUGAGUGACGCUCUGGUGACCCGCUCCGGCGGCGGUCCGCUCUCGAUGCCGUCCCGUCUGCCGUCGGGCGUGCAGCAGACGUUCCAGUCGUCCUCCACGAGCACGACGGUGACCUCGAGCGGUGGCUGGGGUCAGCCGAGCGUGACCCGGGUCACUCGACAGCAGCAGCAGGAGCACACGCACAGCGACGGCUCGGAAGUCCGCCAGCAGCGCGCGCACAAGACCGAGGCUGCGACUGUGACCCAGCGCGGAGGUCGUACACAUGUGGAUGCCCAGCGACAGGAGCUCUCGCACGACCGGGCCGUUCACAUGAGGCCCGACGGCGCGGCGCACGUUACAGAAGAGGUGGCCGCAUCCGGAGGCUCCCGGCGUGGCGUGUACGAGGCCAGCGACAACGGACCGCGCCAGGUCUCGCUGAGCGGGAACGACUACAACGUGCGCGCCCAGCUGGGCGUGCGUCAGGCUCUAGGCGGCGGCGGAGGCGACGGUCAGAUGAUGCCGCUGGAGGGGGUCAGCGGGCCGCUCUGGAGGUUCUUCGACGCCGGCCCGCUGAUCCAGCCGCCGGGGAUGCGGCUGAAAUACAAGAUCAACGUGCAGGCGUCUCAGAGCUCCUUCACUUGCCUCGACGGCGAGCUGCCAAAGAUCACGGGAAACCAGAUCGCCUUCGAGGACUCCUACGGCUCCGAGUCUGAGUCGGACGACGACGAUGACUUCACGCCGGCGCUGGCCGGCGGCUCGCGGUCGGGUCAGCUGGGCUGGACCGGCCGGCCGGCGCUGGGCGGCUCACCUCGCACCGCUCAGCGUCAGCUCGGCUGGUCCAACAAACCAGCGCUGCCGUGGCGGCCUCCCAGCCGGGCCGGCUCGGCGGAGCCCCCUCCGCGGCUGGAGAUCACUGAGGUCCCCGCGGAGCCGGCCUCCGAGCGGCCCCUGCGGCGCCACCGGCCGCUCUGUCGCCUCCGGCCGUCCGGGUCACCGCCAGGGGCGGAUCCAGGCUCGGCUCCGGGGGCGGCGCCGGCGGCAGCCCUGCCGUGGCGGUCGGCCGCGCGGCCGCCGUCACUGGCGCCCUCAGAAGCGCCCUCAGUGGAGUCUGAGAGUGACCUGGAACAGAGCGAGGUGGACUUUGAGCAGGUGGAGCGGCAGCGGCGCGAGCGGCUCAGAAAGAUCGCCACCGAGCUGCUCACCACGGAGAGGAAAUAUGUUCAGGAGCUGCACCUCAUCGACCAGAUCUUCCGGCGUCGGGUGGAGGAGGAGAACCGCAGGCAGCACCUGUUCAACAACGACGUCACCACUCAGAUGUUCCUCAACAUCCAGUCGAUCCACCAGUUCCACCGGGAUCACCUCCUGCAGGAGCUGGAGGCCCGGCUCAAGGACUGGGACAACAACCCCAGAAUAGGUGACAUUAUGAAGAGGUCGGCGCCGUUCCUGAAGAUGUACACCGAGUACGUCAGCGGCUACAGCAACGCCAUGAACCUCAUCAACACCUACCAGCAGAAGUGCCCGCAGUUUGCCGCCAUCAUGGAUCGAAUUCAUGAGAUGGACGAGUGCGUGAACCUGCCGCUGCAGCACCACGUCAUCGUGCCGGUGCAGAGGGUGCCGCGCUACGAGCUGCUGCUCAAAGACUAUCUGCAGAAGCUGUCUGCCGACUCACCCGACAGGGCCGACGCUGAGCAGGCACUGGAGCUGGUCACCCAGGCUGCGAGGCACAGCAACGAUACGAUGAAGCGGGUCGACAAGUUCAAGCAGCUGCUGGAGAUCCAGGAGAACAUCAGCGGCGGGCCUGACCUCGUGUCGCCAACCCGCGAGCUCCUGAAGGAGGGCAAAAUCUGCAAGAUCUCUGCACGAAGCGGCGACCAUCAGGAGCGCUACCUCUUCCUGUUUUCGGACCUGCUUCUGCUCUGCUCCGCGCGGCUCAUCAACAAGCGCAUCAUUUCGGGACCGGCGUUCCGGCUGCGGGCCAAGUUCAGCGUCGAGGGUCUGCAGGUGCUCGAGGGGGACAACCUGGAGACGCUCAACACGUUCUACAUCAGCGGCAGCAACAAGAACGUCGAGCUCUACACACA